AUGACUACAACAUUUUUAGAUUAUCUCCCAAUUGAAUUACAUCAGGAGAUUAUUGACAACGUCUUGAACCCUCAAGAUCUUAUAAGCUACAUAUCAGCAAUUCCUGAAUUGAGAGACAUUUUUAUGAAAAGAUAUGUUCGUAUAAUCGCCUUUUCAGAAAAGAGAUUGCCCUUCUCGUCAAAGAUUCCAAAAGAAUGUUUGAUUACAUUUCGUGAUUUAUGUGUUCCACAAAGGCUUUCAGAAGCGCUUGAUAACUUUAGAGGUAUUGUCAUUUUGGAUUGUGAAACAUAUUUACUCCCAGUUCUCGAUACAGCUCAAGUUUUUUGGAGGUUCCAAGAGUGCAUUAAGAAGAAUCCUAACUCAAUCAAGUUAAAGAUCAACAUCAGAACUGGGAAUAAUGGUAAUGUUAGAUACGACUCAUAUAAUGAGCCAGCCAAACUUCUCCUGGUAGGCGUUACAAGGUUACCAAAAGGGGUUGUUACCUAUUUGAGAUUGCCAGUGAAUAAUUAUAUUUUACUAAAGGAAACAAAAGUAGAACCGAUCAUAUUAGAUUUACUAAAAGCAUCAAGUAAGGAUACAGAGUCAAUUAGUAUUGAAGAAUCUUUGAGCAAUAACACUUUAGAUAUUUCAGAAUAUCCAUGUUUGAAGUCUCUUACACUCGAUGCCAUAAGACCAAGGUUCAACUUCGAUAAUUCAUUAGUUUUACCACAGGCAUUCAAUAUAAAGAAUAGCGGACUCAACAUAAAGCUCAAUUCUACAAUGUGUUCCAGGCUAGAAUAUUUGGAAGUGACUGAAACUGAUAGUCAAAUUGGUACACCAAGUAAUGCUAUUUGUGAGCAUUCACUUGAAAAUUUUGAAGCACCAAGAUUGAAAGUUAUCAAUUUCGACUUGAAUAAAAGAAUAAUUUCAUCAAUUCGCAAUAUAAAAGCUCCUUUAUUAGAAAGCAUUACUGUCAAAUCGAAUAAUAACUUCCACUUGGGGUCUAUAAAGGCUGAAAAUUUACAAAAUCUUCAUAUAAAGACUAAAUCAUUCCAAUGUGACGGUCUCAAAGAUUUCUCAUCUUUACGUCAAUUUAAUAUCUCAUUUAGCGAGGAUUAUGAUAAAGAUUCAAUAGAUGAUAACAUUUCUAAAAAAUCAGACUAUUCAUUCUUAGAAAACGCAGAGUUUGGUGAAAUUGAGAAUGGUCAUUACAUUUUGGAGGGAUUACAUAUGAAAAAUCUCAAAAGCUUACGCUUGAAGAACAACCCGAUCUCAGAUAAGUAUCCAACUAAUGCAUCAUUCCCAAACUUGAAGAAGUUAAUGCUUGACAAACAUACCGUUCCAAGUUAUUGCAGUUUAGAUUCACCAAAUUUAGAGGUUUUGUGCCUUCAAAAUUGUUCAUAUUUAACAUCCAUGAAAAGCAUAUGUGAACACUUUCCCAAUUUAACCCAUAUUAGCAUGGAUGGAUUGCGUUCUUUUGAAAUUGGAAACUGGAUGUUGGAAAAACUUGAGUUUCUUUCUGUAAGCGUUCGUUCAUUACGAGUAUCAAGAUGUUAUUUUCCAAAGCUUAGAAGUUUAAACUUAUCAGUGAAUGAUAUUUUUGAAGAGCCUUUUGCUUUUGACUUCAGUGAUAUUGUCGCUCCUGAAUUGAAGGCUUUAGCUUUUACUGGUAAAGGAUUUGAUACUGAUUCGGUUCUUGUAACUAAAAGAAGGUUUUAUAGAAACUUACAAAGUUAUUUCAUUAGCUCAUAUAGCGAAAGGAUUGGUAUAUGGCCUGAAAGCAUCAACAAUGAUAUGAGAAUAUUCAAGGACAUAGGAAAUGGUGAUAUGGAAUGA